AUGGAUAGUCAAACAAAACAAUUAUCAAUUACACAAUGUCAAAAUCAAAAAUCAUCUUCUCCUUCUGCUUUUACAUCUUCUUCUGUUAUUAAUGAGCCAAAAACAAUUAAUUCAAUUCAAUUAGAUAUACCACCUAAAUCUAUAAUAUCUGCAUCACCAAUAUUAGCUGAAAAAUUAUCAAAAGCUAUAUCAUCAGAUCUUCAAAUUAAUAAAGAAAUGGAAGAAAAAUUACUUACACUUACAAGAGAAAAUAAUUUAUUAAGAUCUAAACUUGAAUUACAAAGUUUACCUUCAACACCAAGAUUAUCUUUUUCUGACUCAUCGCAUUUAUCAUUUUCUCAAGGUAAUAAUUUAGAUCCAAAUUCUCCAUUUAAUACUCUAUCCUAUCUUCCUACCAUAAAUCCAACAGCAUUUUUUGCUACAAAUACACAAAGUAUUCAAUUACCAACAAAUUCAUCAGUUGGAUUAUCAUAUGGCCCAUCAAUGCCACAACAAUCUCAAACAAGUAUAAAUUUACAACAUAUAAAUGGAAGAAAUGAUUAUAUAGAAUCAAAUAUUCCUCUAUUUAUCCCAUCAGUAUUGAAACCAGCAAAUUCUUUAACAAAUAUUCUUCGUAAUCCAGAUUCAUCUAUAUUUCAAUAUGAUCAAAGAAAUAAUUCAUUACAUAGUAUUUUGGAAAAUGGUGCUAAAUUACAUGGAACAACAAAUUCCCAAUUAUCAACUUUAGCACAUUUUAAUAAUAUUAACAAUCUUAAAGAUGAUACAUUAGAGCAAUCAAAAGCAUUGACAACAUCUCAACAAACAUCAUGUUCAAUACCAUCUUUGUUAAGUACACUUUUAUCAACAACAAGGAGAUCUCCUUCAGUUCAACAAAGUCGUACUGAACAACAAUCAGGAUUAUUUGUUUCUAAUGGUGGUAAAGAAAAUACAUUAGAAAGUUUAACAAUUAAUAUGAAUAAUUCAAUCAAUAAAAUUGAUGCAGAAAGUUCUGGAAGUCCUCAUAGUAUAUCAGAUUCAAAUCAUUCACAAGCUAGUCCUGCCAAUUCAAGAGAUUCAUCCGGAUCAAAUUGUAAUGGAUACAAAAGUGAUUAUCAAAAAUAUAUUGAUAGAAGACGUCGCAACAAUGAGGCUGCCAAAAGGUGCCGAGCUAAUAGAAGAGCAGUAUUUGAAUACAGAUCAAAAAGAGCACUUCAAUUGGAACAAGAAAAUGAACAAUUAAAGCAAGAAAUUAUAAAACUUAAUAAUGAUUUAUGUACAUUAAAAGCAAUGUUAGCUGGUCAAGACACUAACAACAAUUAA